CCGCAAAAUCCUUAUAUGAGAGAUAGUGAACCUUCCAAGAGUUUAAUUGAGGUGAUUGAAAAAGCUAAACCGUCAGUACUGAUUGGAUGCUCCACGGUAGGUGGCGGCUUUACGCCUGAAAUCCUCAAAGUCAUGGCAGCUAACAACGAAAAACCAAUCAUUAUGGCACUUUCCAAUCCAACAUCAAAAGCCGAAUGUACGGCACAGCAAGCAUACGAUAAUACUGAAGGCCGAUGUAUCUUUGCUUCCGGUUCACCAUUUCCACCUGUGCAAUACGCCGGGAAAACUUUCCACCCCGGUCAGGGCAACAACGCUUACAUCUUUCCAGGCGUUGCUCUAGGCAUAAUCGCAUCUGGGCUGCAUCACGUGAAAAACGAAGUGUUCUUGGUUGCUGCAAAAGCAGUUGCUGACCUUAUAACCGAAGAAGAUCUAUCGCGGGGAUCACUCUACCCUCCUCUGUCCCACAUUCAGACGUGUUCGAAGGAAAUAGCGGUUCGAGUCAUGGAAUACGCAUAUGAGAAAGGCCAGGCAUCAACCUACCCAGAACCGCAAGACAAGUAUUGCUAUAUCCGUUCUCAUCAAUAUGAUUGCGACUAUAAAAAUGCGCUACGCGAACAUUGGGACUACCCGAACGAGGAUUGCCCAGUCUCCAUCCUAGAACCCAAGAAGAAGUACAACCACAAGCCACCAUGUCCCUGUUUUUGACAAGUUUUUUUUUUUGUUGAAUUUUACAUCUUUAUUUCUUAGCUAACUUAUAAAGCCAGAUCUGUGUUCGUAAUCAAGACUUUCUGUUUCUUCGAAAUGUAGACUUUUUUAUAUUUUAUUUAGAAAUAUUGGAUGCGAUAUUUGUUCCGAUUUAUAUCGAUUUCAAAUUCUAACAAAUUUCCAGCUUACAAAU